AAUCCCUUAUCAGUUUUAUCAUAAAGUUUGUUGGUAGGAAUCAGCUGGGACUUGUAAACAUCCCUCUCGUAAUCUUAUAAAUAGUAAAAAAAAAUAUAUAUAUAGACAUCUAAUUAUCCUCAGCACAGCCUGAGCCAUGCUUCUGAGGCGGGUGUCGGGGCCAGUCUGGGUGCGUGUUGCCCGGGGCAGCCGAGGGGUGGCAUCACAGGCCCGGCCCUUCCCCGUGCUGAAGGACCCCCUGGACCCCUCCUGCCCCCAGUUGGAGGCCGGGCGGAGGCUGGCGGAGGAGCAGUUAGCAAAACUAGAACAGCUUAACAAGUUCUGCCUGGGUGGAGGUGGGGAGAAGGGAAUCGCUCUCCACGUCAAGAAGAACCGCAAGAUCCUGCCUCGGGACAAACUGAAGCUGCUCCUGGACAGUGACUCGGACUUCCUGGAGCUGUCCCUGCUGGCCGGCCUGGGCAUGGAGUAUGGGGACGUGCCCGCCGCUGGAUCCAUCACAGGCAUAGGCAGGAUCCACGGCACUUACUGCGUUGUGAGCUGCAGCGACGGCACAGUGAAGAGCGGCACCUUCUUCCCCAUCACCGUCCCCAAGAACCUCCGCGCCAUGGCCAUCAGCGGCGCCAACCAUCUGCCGGUGGUGCACAUCGUGGACUCUGCCGGCGGCUUCCUCCCUAAGCAGGCCGAGCUAUUUGCAGACAAGAACCACGGCGGCCGAGCCUUCUACUCGGAGGCGGUGUUAUCGGCGGCUGGUGUUCCUCAGAUCGCUGCCGUGUGUGGGUCAUGCACCGCUGGAGGAGCGUACCAGCCGGCCAUGUGUGAGGACGUGGUCAUCGUGUCGGGCCUCGGCACCAUCUUCCUCGGCGGCCCGCCCCUGGUGAAAGCCGCCACGGGGGAGAUUAUUACUGCUGAGGAUCUGGGAGGAGGGAUGCUGCACUCCAAGACGAGUGGGGUGACGGAUUACCUGGCCGAGUCGGAGCAUGAGGCCUUCGAGGUGGUGCGGGACGUUGUGGCCACCCUCGGCAUCGACCCCCUGCCCCCGCCGCCCCCCCAGCAGGAAGACCCCUGGGACACGGCUCUUCUGGACGCGCUGAGCGGCCUGGAGUCCAUCAGCCGCCAGCACCUCUACGGCAUCAUCGGAAGGAUCGUGGACGGCGCCCGGUUCAGGGAAUUCAAGCAUCUAUACGGCACCAACCUCAUCGCCGGCUACGCUAUGAUUGACGGGAAGUGUGUGGGCAUCCUGGGCAACGCUGGGCCCCUCACCCACCAGGACGGGCUGAAGGGCUCACACUUCCUGCAGCUGUGCCAACAACGACAGCUCCCGCUUGUGUUCCUGCAGAACUCCGGCCCCGAGGAAGCCCACCGCAGUGCCUUGCUGAGUGGGGAGAACGAGGAGCAGCACAUGCACUUGAGGGGCCGGGCAGCUAUGGUGGCCGCCCUUGCCUGCGUCACGGUGCCCAAGAUCACUGUUAAUGUUGGGGGUUGCCAUGGCGAUGAUAACUACACUAUGUGUGGUCCGUCCUUCUCCCCUAACUUCAUCUUCUCCUGGCCCGGCACAAGAGUCACCCACACCCUCAACCCCCCACCUCAACCCCCUUCCGAGGCCACUCAACCACAAGAGAAGGCCAGCAAGAAGAAGAGCCUGUCCGUCUUCAACUUCCCUCCGGACAGCGCUUUCUACCACGCGGCGAACAUCCUCAAUGACGGCAUUAUCGUCCCCUCACAGACAAGACAGAUCGUGUCCAAGUGUUUGAGAAUUUGUCGUCAGAAAGAGGGAAUUAGUAACAGCGCCAAGGACUUCUCUGUGCUGCGGCUGUGAAGAUGAUGAUGAUGAUGAUGAUGAUGGUGAUGACAGUGAUGUGUGUGGUGCACCUGAGCCUGGCCGCGCUGAGUCCUAGGUAGGGCGUCGAGUCUUUCUGUAAGUGGGUCGCCUCGUAUUCUUGCGCCUUCCCCAUUGGCUGUGGUGUUACGUGGAUGGUUCUCUGCCGUUCAUGUUUUUAAAGGUUUCUUGUUUUAGCUGAGCACUUGACUAUCAAUGCAAUUAACACAUAAGUACAAGUUUAGUAGAGUUUAAAUAGAGUUGCAGGUGCCAGAUAAAAAUAUGUAGUUAGUCAGUAUAUAUUUUUGUAAGUAAAUUGAUGUAGUGUUUGGGAUUUCCUGUUUGAAUAUUGGUGAUUUUUAUGGAUAUUUAGAGCCAUAUGACAGCUGUUGUUCCGGCGCCAUGACUACUUACCCCCAUAUGGAAAUUUAGGUCGGUAUUCUCAAACGCUUCUACCUCUCACAUUAAAUAUUUCCAAAGGGCGAAGAGGCGAUGAGUUAGGUUCUCAUGAGUGUGUUUUUGCAUUCACGGUACAGGAACUUUGUCAAACUACCACCAGGGUCAUAAAACUACCCACACAGAAAUGCCCUGAACUCAACAAAAGCCUUGCCUAAUGUGUAUGUCCUUGGGCAUUUAACCCGGUAGCAGUGACAGGCCAAAUUUGUGGCUUUACCGUGUACCAGCGACGGGCCAAAUUUGUGGCUUUACCAUGUACCAGCGAUGGGCCAAAUUUGUGGCUUUACUGUGUACCAGUGAUGGGCCAAAUUUGUGGCCUUAUCAUGUACCAGUGAUGGGCCAAAUUUGUGGCUUUACCGUGUACCAGUGACGGGCAAAAUUUGUGGCUUUACCAUGUACCAGUGACGGGCCAAAUUUGUGGCUUUACCGUGUACCAGUGACGGGCCAAAUUUGUGGCCUUACCGUGUAGCAGGCUGGAAAGAUGGCCUUUGACAGGAGAAACUUAGAGAGAUGGAUAGAAUGAAAAAAAGACCACACUCAACGGGUUAAAAAAGGUUGCUACAUGCACUGCCUUUUACCGCACACUAUUAGCAGGAGCAGUGCCAGUGGACAUUUUUGUUUCCUCUUUUUUUUUACCUUGAUCUGCCUCCUUCCUUGUAAAAGAAUAAAGGAAUGUUGGCAGCCUCACGUUUGAUAUUUUGAGCACUUCGCCUUAAUAAUGUAAAGCGAGUCCUCAGGAUCCUGGUGCUUCUAAGGUUAAGGUCCUCGUGGUUGGUUGUCCUUGUGGUGAGGUUUUGUUAGUGAUAAGACAACAAGCAACAUAUGUGAAGGGAUUGAAUGUAGAGUUGCUUUUUGUAUGCUGUUGGUAUAUUAUUAGAGGUUUAUUUUAUGAAUAAAGUUUCUGCAUCUUGA